UCACCGCGCUGGCUGUGCUGUCGUACUGAGUCUGCGCUGACAGCAGAGGAGGAGGUCCCGAGCAGAGAGUGCUUUAUUUAUUUCUUUGUUUGCAGCGGGGGGAUAAUAACAACACAGACACACACAGCAGGCUCUUCAUGUAUCACAUCUGUCCGCACACACACACACCAACACUGGAUAACACUGCAGUGGUUGCUCGAGGGCCAAAGCCAAGGGGGGGAGGAUGAAGCGGCGCAAUGCGGACUGCAGCAAGCUCCGACGGCCGGCGAAACGGAACCGGAUCACCGAGGGCAUCUACGGCAGUACCUUCCUAUACCUGAAGUUCCUGGUGGUGUGGGCACUGGUGCUGCUGGCAGACUUUGUACUCGAGUUCAGGUUUGAGUACCUCUGGCCAUUCUGGCUCUUCAUCCGGAGUGUAUACGACUCCUUUAGAUACCAGGGGCUGGCCUUCUCAGUAUUCUUUGUGUGUGUGGCGUUUACCUCGGACAUCAUUUGCCUCCUAUUCAUCCCAGUGCAAUGGCUGUUCUUCGCUGCCAGUACUUAUGUAUGGGUGCAGUAUGUUUGGCACACAGAGAGAGGUGUCUGUCUCCCCACAGUGUCUCUAUGGAUACUCUUUGUGUACAUAGAGGCAGCCAUCAGAUUCAAAGACGUGAAGAAUUUCCACGUGGACUUGUGUCGUCCUUUUGCUGCACACUGCAUUGGCUACCCAGUGGUCACGCUGGGCUUCGGCUUCAAGAGCUACGUGAGCUAUAAGAUGCGCCUACGGAAGCAGAAGGAGGUACAGAAGGAGAAUGAGUUUUACAUGCAGCUUCUGCAACAGGCGCUGCCUCCAGAGCAACAGAUGCUUCAGAGGCAAGAGCGAGAAGCAGAAGACGCAGCAGCAGCAGCAGCAGCUAAAGGAAUAUCUGAAGUAGACACACCUCCAGUGUCACAGAAUGGCGCCCCAGCCAAUAAAAAGACAUCGGCAUCACUGCCGGAGUUAGAGUAUAGGGAAAAAGGGAAAGAAGGAAGGGGCGGCGGGGAGGCUAAAAAGCAGCACAACAGCAACAGCAUCCUGCCAUCAUCAACGGACUCUAAACUCCAAGAGAUGGAGUAUAUGGAGAACCAUAUGAACAACAAGAGACUGACCACAGAGCUGGGCAGCACAGAGAACCUGUUGCUCAAAGAGGACAACAAUUCCUCUUGCUCCUCCUCGUCCUCGUCCUCCUCCAAAAACUACAAAAAUGCGAGCAGCAACGCCGCGACGCUCAACUCCUCGCCCCGCGGCCACAGUGCUACCAACGGUAGCGUGCCCUCCUCUGCACCACCACCAUCAUCAUCCUCCUCUUCCUCUGGGAAGAACGAGAAGAAGCACAAGUUAGCGGUGGGGAAGGGGACAACGGGUGGCUCCCACAGGGAUCCCACAGACAACUGCAUCCCCAACAACCAGCUGAGUAAGCCAGAAGCACUUGUUAGAUUGGAGCAGGAUGUUAAAAAGUUGAAGGCGGACCUGCAGGCCAGCCGGCAGGUUGAGCAGGACCUGCGCAGCCAGAUAGGCUCGCUGGGCAGCGCUGAGCGCACCAUACGCACUGAGCUGGGCCAACUGCGCCAGGAGAAUGAGCUGCUGCAGAACAAGCUCCAUAAUGCUGUGCAGGCAAAGCAAAAGGACAAACAGUCAGUGGGCCAACUGGAGAAGAGGCUCAAAGCAGAGCAGGAGGCUCGAGCCAACGCCGAGAAACAGCUCGCAGACGAAAAGAAGCGAAAGAAGUUAGAGGAGGCGACAGCAGCCAGAGCCGUAGCACUAGCAGCAGCAUCCAGAGGGGAGUGCACAGACACGCUGCGGCGGCGAAUCACUGAAUUAGAAACAGAGUGUAAGAAGCUAACAAUGGACAUCAAGCUAAAGGAGGACCAGAUCAGAGAGCUUGAAUUGAAAGUUCAGGAGCUUCAUAAAUAUAAGGAGAAUGAAAAAGACACAGAGGUGCUGAUGUCGGCGCUGUCAGCCAUGCAGGACAAGACCCAGCACCUGGAGAACAGUCUGAGUGCAGAGACCAGGAUCAAACUGGACCUCUUCUCUGCGCUGGGAGACGCCAAGAGACAGCUGGAGAUUGCACAAGGUCAGAUCCUGCAGAAGGACCAGGAGAUAAAAGAUCUGAAGCAGAAGAUAGCCGAAGUGAUGGCCGUCAUGCCCAGCAUCUCCUACACAGCCGACACCAGCAACAUGUCCCCCGUGGCCCCCCACUACUCCUCCAAGUUCAUGGACACCAAUCCCUCCGGCCUAGACCCCAACGCCUCCGUUUACCAGCCACUCAAAAAGUGAACGCUUCGUCCCGCCCUCUCCAGCCUCCAUCCUCCCGGCAUUUUUAUUUAAAAUUUUUUCCUGCAGACCCAACACCUUCCAAUCUGCUCGGCACGUUGGCUGCUGAGAACGUUGUUUUUCUCUGGUUUUUAUUUUUUCUCCUUUGCCAGGUCAGAAGGAUGUUGUAUUGUGUGACUGUUAUUUGUUGUAGUUAAAACAAAAGACAAAAAAAACUUUAAACGGACAUCACAUGUCAACUAGGAAGUUGCAGUUUUUUUUUUUUCUUCUCUUAAGUGUCUAGUGAAACCUCACAGAUUCGGGUGUGUAUCUUCAUCUCAAGGGUGUUGCUCUCCCUUACCACCACCAAUGCAACCAUCUGCAAUCCAGUUACCUGCUCUAUGGCUCCUGGGGAAUAGCUUCAUUCUUAUUUAAGCUUGAUUUAUUCUUUUUGCCUCCUAUACCUUGGAAAACAGAGUUCUCUUUUUAUCAUACAGUCAUACAGCCUGACUUGUAUCUAAAUUUCUUUGACAGAUUAUUUUCUCCCAAGAUAGUAUGGCGACAUCUGUACAACCUGAGGAAUGUAGUGCAAAGCUGGCACAGACUCUCACCCUUGUUACGUAAUUUUUUUUUUUUUUUAAGGCACCGAAUGAACCCUGCUCUCGGCUGCUUUGGGGGUACGGUGGUAAAUAUUUUUUUUGAAAGUGUAUUGUGUGGUUCUAUUUGUUCACUCUUUAAGAUUCAAGUGUUGAUUUCAACAGGCUGGAAGUGUUGAUUUGCAACAAGUUGGAAAAGAUAUCGUGUUAUAAGCAGAAACAUAGACCUUAAAAGGAUAUGAACCAAAGCAGCUCCUAAUUUUCAGCUUCAGUUUGGUUUCUUCCCCCGCCGAGUUUUUGAGUUGAGGAAAUAGUGCAGUAACAGAAGCGUGUGUGUAUUCAGUACUCGGUAAAGACUUUCAUUGGUUGUCGUGAUCACAGUGCCUUCAGUUGAGGACAUAAAGUGAGUAAUGAGAUACGGCCCAACCCUUAUAAAUUAGUUGUGAAACAUCUGGCUAAGCUGGAAAGGAUAAGAAUUUGACCUCGCCUAGUAUACAGGGACAAAGUUGCCUUCAGGUGCUGAUUUUGGGCUCCCUACUAACUACCAAACUGGUAGGGAAGCUGAUCCAUCGCGUCCACUUGAGGGCAGCUUUGCUCCUUACUUAAGUCACAUUUAAGGGAUAUAUUAGACUGCACUUAAUUAAUUAUACUCCCGUUUGCCUGUUCAGUAUGGGGACAUGAUGUUAGCCACCACAGAGUCUACCAUUUACAGGAUUCCAGCUCGUCACAUGUCCACCCACAGAAGCUCAUCUCUACUGCUGUUAAACCCCAAAUCCCUCGGUUUAGCUGCUGCCCCCUUUUUAUUCUUUUUGAUUUCACAAUUUAAAGUUGCACUGUAGGAAACACUUGCUGUUGGAAAGGGAAAACUGUAAAGAUGGACUGUGCAAUGAAAACAAAGCUUUGGAAAUGCCAACUUUUAAUAUGGCUGAUUCAUGAUUUUUACUUAAUUGAUCCUCCACUUCAGUUCGUGUGCCAAGACUGGGAAUGCUAGUUUCUCUAGUAAAGUGUUCAAGAAUGUACUGCAAAUACAUUGGCUGAUGUGUUUUUCAAAAAUACCCAGUUGAAUAUCACUUCAUGAAAGUUUCUGUUAAGCAGGUAGAGAAAGCGGUCACCUGUUUGUAGUAGACUGUGUAGUUAAAAGUAAGGGACUAGAAAGUCACAUUUCUUUUUUUGUGAAUGUUACAGUAUUUGCAACUGUUGGGGAAGUGGCUGUUUUUAAAGCAGUUUUCCUUCCUCCUGUUUCUGGUAGUAUUGUUCUUUUCCUGCAGGGAGAAAAAUCGCUUAAGUCUGAUGUGGUUUCACCAUCAUCUGAAAUGGUCAUCGUUGUGCGUGUGGUUUUCACCAGCUGUAUAUGGAGACGCUUUUUUUCCCCGCUCAGAUUGCUUUCAUUGGCUCCUGAGGGGAAAAAGAAAUGUUGUGAAAUUACAGUUUAGUCAGUUGUUUGCUCAACUGAUUGUUGAGAGUAGAGAGAAGUGUUUUGUUGGUUUUUUUGUUUUCUAUGCCCACAGUCACUGCUCUGUUCUCCCCAGGUCUGACCUUGGCUGUGCUCUCGCUCUGUGAGGUUUACAAGGAAUAAAACAUUUUUUUCU